AUGGUUUCUGACGUACGGUCUUUGGGAAAGCCAGGCCACUUCUUCACGAACUGGGCGACUACGUAUUCCUGCAAACCUGAACUCUACUUUGAGCCAGAAACCACUGAUGAAAUACGACAGGUUUUGGUGUUUGCAAGAGAGAAGGCCAAAAAGGUGAAGGUCGUUGGAUAUGGCCACUCCCCUUCUGACCUGGCAUGUACUACUGACUACAUGAUCAGUCUCAAGAAAUAUGACAAAGUCUUAAAGGUUGAUAAGGAGAAGAACCAGAUUAAAGUCCAGGGUGGGUGUAUGAUCAAGGAUCUGAACAACAAAGUCUUCCCUGCACUUGGACUCGCUUUUCCAGUGUUAGGAACAGUGUCUGAAUUGACAGUAGCUGGUGUUAUUUCAACAGGGACCCAUGGCACGGGUGCAAACUAUGGAGUUUUCUCCACACUGGUUGUGUCGAUGGAGUUAAUGACAGCUGCUGGGGACAUCUUGGAGAUAUCGAAUGAGAAGAACGCGGAACUCAUGCCUGCUGUCACUCUGUCUCUGGGCUCGCUUGGGGUCAUUCUGACCGUGACCUUGCAGUGUGAACCCGCCUACAAGCUACACCUUGUACAGUACCCCCUCAAGCUGAAUGACGUAUUGGAAAAUCUGGACGUUCACGUGAAGUCCUCAGAUCAUUUCCGUUUUUUCUGGUUUCCACACACAGAUAACGCUAUCUGCUACCAUGCAAAUAGGACAACCAAGGAACAUUUUGUGAAGACUAGCUGGGUGUGGGAGAUGCUGGUUGGCUACUAUCUGUUGCAGCUGCUCUACUGGAUAAGUACUUUUAUUCCGCAGUGCGUUCCCCUGCUGAAUCGAGUAUUUUUCCACCUGAUAUAUGGUUCUCGUCAGGAGAAGAUAGACCGAAGUGACCAUAUAUUUAACUUCAACUGUCUGUUUAAACAGUAUGUCAUGGAGUGGGCAAUACCAAGAGAUAAAACUGCUGUUGUGCUGUAUGAUCUCAAAAACUGGAUCACAGCUAACAAAUUCCCAGCUCACUUCCCAGUCGAGGUUCGAUUUGUCAAGGGAGAUAACCUCUUUCUUAGUCCAGCCUAUGGACAGGAAGCCUGCUUUAUCAACAUCAUCAUGUACAGACCGUAUAACAAGUUUGUAAAGAAUGAGGAAUACUGGGAAGCCUUUCAGAAGAUAGUAGCCCAGGUUGGUGGAAGGCCACACUGGGCAAAGGAUCACAAGUACAAAAGGGAACACUUUGAGAAGCUGUAUCCCAAGUUUGGAGAGUUCUGUAAAAUCCGAGAGAAACUGGAUCCUAAUGGGAUGUUUCUGAACGCCAACCUGGAUAGAGUGUUUGGCAAGGGGACAUCAUCAGAUGUGUUACAAGUAUAGAAAAUAUACUAUACUAUUGGGUUGUUUGUUAAAAACGUAAUUCAAAAGCAAUCUGAUUAAAAUUGGCUUCACUGGUUAAUUACUAUUACCUGUGGAUCUAACAGCAUCCCAUAGGAGCUCAUGUCCAGUUGACGUUCAUUUGACCAGUCAAAACCUUACUUGCAGAAUAAAGUCCGUGAUUUGAAAAGAAUUUGAAAACAUUUGGAAUUAUGCCAAGGGCAUUUUAAAUGAUUCGGGUGAAUUACAAAGUAUGCCGGAAACUAAUUUGAAUAUAAAAUUUAAUGUUGAGCUUUCAUUUCAAGACAAAAAAUAAAUGUGAUAGUAUAGCCACAAUCCAAAGUUUAUUACUGCACUUUUCCCCCCACAUUUUUUUAAUGUUGAAAUAGGUCAACAAGUUCGCCUAUUGCUUGAGCGACAUUCUAAUUGAAUUGGAACUCGGCUAUAUGAACCACGACCAUAACAGCUGAGGACUGCAUAUGUAAACUUAAUGCAAAAUGGUUAUUAUUAUUUAAUCCUGUUGCCAAAGAAAUGAAUCGGCAUUCAGCCAUACAGUGUUAAAAUAACUAUCAUUAUGUUAAACACUAGUAAUUUAAAUUGUAGGGCCUACUAAGGCCUCAAACUUUCUUUUCAUACAAACUAAAAAACACCCAUAAAAAAAAUAAUAUGGUGGUAUAUAUAGGACACAUUUUUUUCUUACUUUUAGAGAUACUGAACUUUGACUUAUAUAUCAAAAUCUAGACUUGUUUUGUUAAGUGUUUCACUUAUUAUCUUGAAAUGUCGGCAUAUUAUCUCAAGAUUUCGACUUCUAAUGUCAAGCUCUCAACCUGUUAUCAUGACUAUAUGCCACUGAAGGUACGUAUGCACUGACGAGAUAAUUAUAGCAUUCGACAAUAUAAUUUGACAGGUCAAGAUAAUAGGUUCAGCCCUCAACAUCAAGAUAAUAAAUUGAGAUUUCAACAUAAGGCCCACUUUCCUUUAACGUGCAUUUUCAUAUCUACAUUUUCAUAAUUUGACGUCAUCAAAGUACUUUACGGCACAAGUAAACAUCGAUCGACGUUUUUUUUCUGCACAUGCUGAAUGCACACUCGACUUGUUAUCUCGAGCUCUCGACUUCUUAAGCACAUUACUGAUUAUCUCAACUGCUCAACUUGUAUCUCAAGCGCUCGACACCUCGAGUUAUAUAUAUUGUAGUUGAGCAGUUGCCUAACCCGGCAUGUAUGUAUUGGUAUGGUUCAUGGUACAGUGGCCUCAUAAAUAGUCUUGCCUGAUAUUUUUAGAAUUUGUGUGCUCCCAAAUAACAUUAUAAAAGGCGAAAUGUGAUUGGUUGAUAUUUAAAUUAUUAUUUACAAACAAAAUGUCACCUGGACAUGGGGAGUCCACGCAAUGCUGUUAGAUCUACUGGUAGACCAGUAGAGCUAAUUUUAAUCAAAAGCUACAUUCCUGCAUUGGCGUAGCCAGGAUUUCAUUUUGGCAGGGUGAACUGCACUGUCUGUGAGUCAUGCUAUGGGUCAACAGAAACAUAUAAAAGGUGGUGGUGGUGGAAAAAACCCAGUACAUUUGUGCCAUAUUAUUGUUGUUUUUAAUGAAAGGUAUUUUCAACACAAAAAUGCAUUUAAAUUUUACUAUGAAUAUGUUUUUAGCGAGUAUUUACAUUUCCAUUUGCAGAAGAGAAAACUUAAGUUUAUAGCUAGUCAUGCAAUGUUUUGCUCUCUUCUUUUUUUUCUGAAGCUAAUUUUGCAAAUUUGGUGUACUGCAUGUAGUACAAGUGGGUAAUCUUUCACAACAAAAACUUCCAACACUAAAAUAGAAAUACCCUCAAGCCUUGUUGCUGGGUUGUAUAAUAUAGCACAAAUUGAACAGAAGUCACAAAACUUUCUUCUUACAUCAAACAAAAAUGAAAUCAUUUACAAGAAACCAUUUUUGUAGGAGGAUGAGACGGACUAUAGUACAUGUGAUGUCAACACUUCCUUGUAAUUUAUUACAUACCUAUUCAAUCUUACUAUAAUGAUAAAGACAUUUUCAAACUGUGUAAUAAAUUUAUUUUGUAUUACACAUAUGUGCAAUC